AUGGCUAAAAAAGAAAGCCUGCCGUUUCUGUACACGCUGUUCUCUGCACAGAUUGACCUGGGCGCCACUCCUCUGCCGAAUUUAAGCGAACUUGAAAGUAUAAUUAGCAUCACGGCCGAAUGGGAAGAGAAGACAUUGUUUUUCGGACCAAAGCGUCGCCAGCACACUGAAACAUGGUACGUGACAGCUGACGCUAACACGUACGACCUCGUCGCCAACUUAUUGCCGGAAUCACCACGAAAACGGCCAAACGGAAAGUCACCGCAACAUGUAGACCUAGAUUCGCUCUCGCAUUAUUUCACAGUGCACACAGAACCCAUCCUAGACAGAGACGCGAAUAGGGUCAAAGUUACCCGCUGGAGCGACGGCAACCUGAUGCCCUGGAACGAAACCAACCUGGCUCACGGCCUGUCGACCGGAUCCGGCAUCGAGCUGAAGCCCGAUAAUGCUCACCUUGCGCUCGGGCUAAUGCAGGCAAUUGUCAACUGCGCCUACGAAUCGCGGUUUAGUCGCAUACUGUUUCCUUGCUAUAAACAGUACAAACGUACUGGUUCGGACUUGCAGUGGCACCACGGUCACUGGAUGAACGGCAGAGCCGAGAAUUGGUGGAACGCGGACAAGGCUGUCGCUGUGGCCAGGAAAGCGUUGUAUACGCAGAUAUGGCAGGGAAAUGUAGUCUGGCGGAAUACAUGUCAACUGAACAAUCCAUUCGAGUCAACAAUUUAUCGAGUCCAUUUUCACCUUUUUUUUUACCAUACUUGUAAAUGCAAGAUGCAUUAUCAGAAAACAACGUCGGAGCUCGUGGCUCGGGCCAUCAAGGUUUGCGACGAAAUAUGCGACUAUACUACAAACCACCACAGCUACGGAAACAACUUGACCGAUUGCGUCGACCUAGCUAAAAGCUGCAAGGAAGUCCUAGAGGUCCUCCAGUCCGUGGUCGAAAGCGACAGCAAGGAUGACCAGGUGGCUAGCAGCGCCGAGAAGAGAAUUGCAAAAUGCGAGGAUGAUAUCCGAGAACUAAAGAAACAACUGAAAGAAUACAAAUAUUCCAAUCAGAAGUGGCCAGGGGGGAGGCUAUUGUAUAGAUUCAGGGGGAAGGAACUGCCUAAUCUAAAGCCCAAUCUGCAGAGUCUGCGAGACAAAUUGGGCCGAGCGACGAAACUCACUACCGUCACCGUCGAAAAGUGGGAACAUCGCACCGUGAAAACAAUACUUCAUGAUGAAGCAGACGACGAGACAGAGCCCCCUCCUCCACGCUAUACGAGAUACGAGAACAAGCCAUGUACCACGUAUAGCACAAAAUCGACAAGUACCAAAACCCUUCCUGCCGACUUUGCCGCUCAAGAGGCACGUGGCCCAGCACCUGCUUAUAGGAGCCUUCAUAAAACGGCCAACGGGGCGAAUUUGCACCUAGGAGAGGCAAAUAUGCUAUACAGGGAAUACAAUACCAUGGCACAUCCAUGGAGUCUAGGGUGCCGGUCACAAUUCUACGAGGCGAAACCAACUGGUGUAUACAUUGCGAUGAACUAUAGAGAUAGAGCUCCGCGAUACGUGUUUUAUCUACAAGAUGUACAGUUUUGUUGUUUCAAUACACGCUAA